AAAGGAUUGAGUUUUAGGUUGCGAACCGACGCCGACAGACGCGAUGGCAUGCGGAUUGACUCCAGAGAUCGUCGAGAUGUUGGCGAACGUGUCCAAGUAUCAAGAGGACGGGAAGAAGGUAUCGGCGGAAGAGUACUUGGCACAGGUGGAGCACUCCAAGCAAGCACGAGACAGGCAGGAGGCGGUGCAAGCGAAGCUCGAUCGCGAACGGGGGUACGACUGGACGCGCGAAUAUGAAAAGUGGAGUGCAUGGGAAGACCCCGACGAGCUCGCAGCCAAGGAGCAUGCUGCGAGGGUCAAGUCUGAGCGUGCAAGUAUGCGCACAUCGUGCAACCACGACCACUCGGCCGAGCAAAAGUUGAUGGAUAUGACGACACGCGCCAAGUUGACACAGUGCGACACGUUCCGUCGCCUCGGCAAUCGCUUCUUUGCCCACGGACAGUACCAGCGAGCGGCAUACCAUUUCCACCACGCGCUUGUGUACUUUGAGUACAUUUUCAGCGACACGGACGCUGAACAAGUCGAAAUGGACGAUUUGAAGAAGCGCAUCCUGCUCAACUUUGCGCUCUGCCGCCUCAAAACCAAACACGUGGACCAAGCCAUCCUGAAUGCGUCCUUGGCCAUGAAGCUUGAUGGCGAAAGCGUGAAAGCGCUGUACAUUCGAGCGAUGGGGUACCGCAUGCAAGACAAGUUUGAGCUGGCGCAAGUAGAUUUGGACCGCGCUUUAGCGUUGGCCCCGCAGGACUCGGCCCUUGUCCACGAAAAGCAUGUGCUCGCGGCCAAGAAGGCCGCGUAUGUCGUCAAAAGCAAGCAAUUGGGGGCUGCCAUGUUUGGCAGGAAUCAACCCACGGCCCAACCACAGCCAACGAACAGUGCCAUGUUUGUGGGGGAUGGGUUGUCCCUGGAGAUGGAGUUCCGCCAGCCCACGACCAUAGCUCCGUCGGACGUCGACUCGGUCGAGUUUUGGCAGCCUUCGACUAGAGGAAAGCACGCGCUAGAGUCCUUGCUAGGUGAAUGGAAGCUUGGGGCUGUCGCGCUUGAUGGUCAAGCUCGUUCCAUUCACCAACCAUGA